GCCCUCCUGCCUUCUCUGAAGCCGAAGACGCCCAUCGCUCCCGGGAGUCGGGGGUCCCGCAGCGCGCGAUCGCGAGAUCGGGCUUAUGUCGGGGGGCGGCAGGCCGCCGGCUGCGCAGAAAAUCCUGCAGUCGCUGCGCCCGCCCCCGGUGUUCUCCACGCCGUCGCGGCCUCCCUUCGCCUCACCCGACGACUACCACCGCUUUCAUGCGCCGACUACCCCUUCUGCCACUGGCUCCGGCGGCAUCGGCUCCGGUGGUGUUGGCGGCGAUAUUGAUGAGGGGCUUGUUAUCCGGACGCAGCUAAAAAGAAAAGCCACACGCGAAGAAAAUAAUGCGGCUGAGUCGAGUGACUGUAUGAUUGUCACCACUGGAGUUACUGGCAAUCCGCUACUCACCCCAGUGUCUGGAAAAGCUGUUAAGAAUUCUAAAUCAAAGACUAAGAACAAUAAAGCUGGGCCUCAGACACCUACGCCAAAUGUUGGCUCACCACUCAAUCCAUCAACUCCUGCUGGUACUUGCCGCUAUGACAGUUCGUUAGGACUUCUGACAAAGAAGUUCAUCAAUUUGCUGAAGCAAGCUGAGGAUGGCAUUCUAGAUUUGAAUAAUGCUGCAGAAACACUAGAGGUUCAAAAGCGACGCAUAUAUGACAUCACAAAUGUCCUCGAAGGAAUUGGUCUUAUAGAAAAGACACUUAAAAACAGAAUUCGUUGGAAGGGCUUGGAUGAUUCAGGAGUGGAAUUGGAUAAUGGCCUUUCAGGUUUGCAGACAGAAGUUGAAAAUCUUAAUUUGCAGGAGCAAGCCUUAGAUGAGCGUAUAAGUGAUAUGCGCGAAAAGCUAAGGGGGUUAACGGAAGAUGAGAACAGUCAAAGAUGGCUCUAUGUGACGGAAGAUGAUAUCAAGGGAUUACCCUGCUUUCAGAAUGAAACUCUAAUUGCAAUAAAAGCUCCUCAUGGUACUACACUUGAAGUACCUGAUCCUGAUGAGGCUGGUGAUUAUCUCCAGAGGAGAUACAGAAUCGUAUUAAGAAGUACCCUGGGUCCAAUAGAUGUUUACUUAGUUAGUCAAUUUGACGAUGGAUUUGAGAAUUUGGGUGGUGCUGCAACACCUCCAAGGCAUACAAAUGUCCCAAAACCUGGACCUUGUGAAGACUUACAUGCAACAAACGCUACACAAAGCAGCAAAUCAAUCAAUGUGGAAUAUAAUAUUCAGCACAGGCAGAAUACUCCACAAGAUCCUAGUUCUUCAAAUGAUUAUGGAGGGAUGACAAGGAUAAUCCCUUCAGAUGUUAAUACUGAUGCUGAUUACUGGCUCCUAACAGAGGGUGAUGUUAGUAUUACUGACAUGUGGGAAACAGCACCAGAAGUGCAGUGGGACACCGCUGUGUUUUUACCUGAAGAUGUUAGCAUCCCACAUGCACAUCAUAGUCCGCGGAUGCAGGUUCCAAGCAUGGAUCAACCAUAAGGUCAUGGCGGUGAAAACUUGACAUAUGGAAUUCCUGGAGUGCUGUUUCAGAAAAUACUGAUUUCAAAAUGGAAAGAUCAGGGCAGCAAGUUCAGACUGAUCACCGUUCUGAAUUUGCUGUUUGUUAUGGAGACGAUUGGUGCCAACUAACUUAUCAGUCUGCUGCCUUGUUUGUUCUGGCACCUGUCCUUCAGUUGAAAAGGCGCCCAUGUGCAUAUUGCACCUUGAAUUCGGGCUGCUAUGCACAUUCGGUAUCUGCUUUAUUUCUCUAACUGAGUAUAUUUUGCAAGGCAAUAGUGGCUCUGUAGCUCUCUUGGGAAUUAAUACGAAUCUUUUUGAGCAAAAACAGUAGGGAAGUCCCCUGUUGUGACUCUUCCAUUAUAUAAAUGGAGUUUAUACAAAGGGGUAAUACAAAUGGAGUUGGGUGAGACAAGGGCAUGUCACAAAUGAUCUAACCAAGAUUGCAUGCCCUCCACCAAACUAUGUUUAGCUCUCUUUAUGAUUAAACCAAAAUGUUCAUUGAAGCUAAUGUCACUGAAGCCUAAUACCCAGCAAUAAGAGCUUCCUAGUAGCACAUGAUGUCCAAUCUGUUUCUAGCUUCAGUAAGCAUCUUAAGCAGUUCCAAUUCCGGUUUCCAUUCAAUCUUUAGGGACAACCAGAAGUUUUAACUGAAUUCAUAGCUGAAGAAGAUAUGAAGCAAAUCUUCAUUGGUCUCUUCAGUACACACAUGUACUGUCAUCAAUAUGUAUGUUUUUUUUUCUGGUUA